AUGGCCCCAUUCUCCCCAAUAUUGGCGCAGGCCAUUCAGGUGAUAACCAAGUCGCUUUCCCCCGUUCCUAAAUACUCGGUGACUCCUGGGAAUGACGAAACCUUCAAGGAGACAGGUCUGCUGAAAGACCUUCAAGAAUUAGACUCUGAGGACUAUAAAACUCUCAACGACUUGGUCCAAGUGUCUGUGAGUGGAGAAGAAGAUGACAGUGAACUCUUUCUUGAAAGACUCGUGACGCUACUGGCUAAAUUACCUCCUCAUUCUCGUGUGGGAAAGCAACUCACAGAUGGGUUUGUAAACAACUUGUGGGAUGCCCUAGAGCACCCGCCACCUCGCACACUCGAUAGGGAUUACCGAUAUCGCCAAGCUGAUGGAUCCUUCAACAACCCACAAGUUCCCCUGAUGGGCGCUGCCAACACCCCUUAUACCAGAACCGUGUCUUCAGUGAUAUUUCAGAGUCCUGAUUUGCCCGACCCAGGGCUUGUCUUCGACAGCCUCAUGGCUAGAGGUGACGGAUCUUCUUUCAAAGAGCACCCAAAUAAGAUCUCCAGCAUGCUGUUCUAUCUCGCUGCGAUAAUCACGCAUGACUGCUUCCAGACUGAUGUGAAGGAUCAUAAUGUUAAUUCCACAUCAUCUUAUCUCGACCUUUCCCCACUCUACGGACGAAACGAAGACGAACAGAACGAGAUGCGAACGUAUGAAGACGGACUUCUGAAACCGGACUGUUUCUCCUCGAAACGUGCCUUUUCACUACCUCCGGGGAUAGGAGUGUUCCUUAUCAUGUUCAAUCGUUUCCAUAAUUACGUUGUAUCUCAGCUUGCGCACAUUAACGAGGGGGGCCGAUUCACGAAGCCUAAAUCCGAUCAAAACUAUAAGGCAUGGAGAGAUUAUGAUAAUAAUCUGUUCCAGACAGGCCGGCUAAUCACUUGUGGGUUGUAUGUCAACAUCGUCCUGAAGGACUAUGUCCGAACGAUUCUAAACUUGAAUCGGUCUGGCUCCACUUGGGAUCUUGACCCCCGUACACACGAGAAGAAGACUGCCAUGAACGGGAGGCCUGCACCACAAGCCACUGGUAAUCAAGUGUCGGUCGAGUUCAAUCUCAUCUACCGAUGGCAUAGCGCCAUAUCAAGGCGUGAUGAGGAGUGGACAACGAUAUCUUUACGCAAGGCACUAGAUGGCGCUGAUCCUGCAAAAUCAACUGUUCCCGAUAUGUUAUCUGCUCUCCGCCGUCUCGAGGACCAGAUUUCGGACCAGCCAGAGAACCGAGACUUCGCAGGUCUUAAACGCGAUGACGAUGGGACAUACUCUGACGACGAACUGGUAGAGAUACUAACAUCCUCCAUCGAAGAUGUCGCAGGGGCCUUUGGCGCCAACCAGGUCCCAAAUGCGUUGAGAGUCGUGGAAAUACUAGGCGUUGCUCAGGCUAGAUCUUGGCAUGUUGCAACACUCAAUGAGUUCCGGCAACACUUCGGAUUGAAAAGGCACGCAACGUUUGAGGACAUUAACCCCGACCCCGUCGUCGCAAGUAAGCUCAUGGCGCUCUACGAUUCUCCUGACUCUGUUGAGCUCUACCCAGGCAUUGUGGCAGAAAAGUCGAAGCCUCCGAUGUCCGGCUCUGGACUUUGCGUCAACUACACCACCUCUCAAGCCAUUCUAUCAGAUGCCGUCUGCUUAGUGAGAGGUGAUCGCUUCUACACCGUUGACUAUACCCCCAGAAACCUGACCAAUUGGGGUUACAAUGAGGCGAAUUUCGAUAUUGACGUGAAUCAAGGGCACGUAAUGCACAAGCUUAUCUUCCGAGCCUUCCCCAACCACUUUGCUUACAACAGUAUAUACGCACAUUUCCCGUUCGUGGUCCCCAAGGAGAAUAAGGUGGUUCAUGAAAAGCUCAAUACUGCUGAGAAAUACUCGUGGGCACGGCCUCAACGCAAGUUGGAUCCAGUAGUAAUCAAAUCGCACAAAGCCGUCAGCACUGUGCUGCGCAACAAUCAGGACUUCUACGUGCCUUGGGGUGAGGCCAUAUCUUACCUCGUCAGCCCACCGGGGAAAAUAUUCGCAAAGGACUUCUGCCUCGCCGGCGAUGGCCAGGCUAACCGGCAAAGUCGCGUUCAUGUUGAUCAGUGUCUUUAUCAACCGAAGCAAUGGGAGGACGAAAUCAAACAUUUUUUCAAAGUUACAGUAGCCAAUCUGUUGAAGAAAGCAGCUCAGACACUCCCGCCGAGUCCAGCAGAUCCGGGCAUCAGCACCCAAGAAGUUGAUAUCGUCCGUGACGUUAUUAUUCCCCUGAACACACGCUUUGUAGCAGAAUUCUUUGCGUUGCCUAUCAAAACCACCGAAACGUCUCCACACGGUAUUUACACCGAGACAGAACUAUAUGGCCUGUUGACAGCUAUGUUUACUGCCGUAUUCUUUGACAGCGACCCUGCUUAUUCGUUCAAGCUCAGGACCCUAGCUAGGGAGCUUGCUCUAGGGUUGGAGAAUCUGGUUCGACUUGAAGAAGAAGUUGAUAUUCGGGUGGGUUGGCUGAGCGGUGUCGCCGCAAAACUCGGGCUUGGGGCUAGUUAUACAAGCCCGAGUGCCAAGAAGAAUGGUGAAGAGGAGUGGCCAAGUCUGCCAAGCUAUGGAAAGCAAUUGCUUUCCCGCAUGAUGGAGAAAGGAAAGUCGAUUGAGGAGUGCGUGGCCGGUACGGUGAUGCCCAUAAGCGCUGCGGGGACUACCAUCAUGUCCGGUCUGCUUUCACAAUGUUUGGACUACUACCUUGGAAGCGGAAGCGAGCACCUUCCAGACCUUUACAAGCUUUCUCACGAUGAUUCUGAAGAGGCAGAUGAAAAGUUACUCCGUUACAUGCUCGAGGGCAUACGCCUCCGUGGAACUGUCGUUGUAGCCCGUCAAGUACACAGCCUGGCCAGCACGCAAAGCAUCAGAGAUGAUGUGCCUUGCCUUGCCAACCCUUCUGAUCCGACUGGCCCAGCUCCAGUGCCGAAUCCCAACCGUGCGUCCUCACUCCGCACCUACAAGAUAGUCCCAACGCAGCGUGCAAUCAUCGACCUAGUAACAGCGUCCCACGAUGCACUCGCAUUCCCGUCACCGGAGACUGUGUCUCUGGAUCGUCCGUUGUCAUCUUACCUCCCCUGGGGGGCUGGAUCACACAAGUGUCUGGGUGAUGGGAUCACCCGCGUUGCGCUGGCAGCGGCUUUCAAGGUCAUUGUAGGCCUUCCUGGGUUACGUAGAACACCUGGUCCGCGAGGCGAGUCCCGAAGUGUUGAGUUCAAGGAAUGGAGGGGUCAAGCUGGGCGAAAAGCGGUAGAAGGGGGUGGAGAGGAAUGGUCCGGCCUUAGAGUCUACCUUGCACCCGACCAAAGCAGAUUCUCGCCCGUGCCAACAGGAAUGAGGGUCAGGUGGAGUGGAGUUGCCGGUUCGAAUGUCGGGCUCGGCAGCAAGGGCCAGGUCCACGAGGCGGGCUGGGUUGAUCUGAGUAACUAA